AUGUCGCUUCCUUAUCGUGACAUCAACGUCCAUGCGGCGCCGGAUUCUUACACCUUUACCUCGCCGUCGUCGCCAAAUGCCCCAGCUUUGACCAUCGACCGUCCCACAGGAGAUAUUCGUCUGACUGAGGGAAAUGCACUUUCCGGGAAGCGUGUUCAGCGGGUUUCCAGCAUCGCAGGUAUCCUGGGAAUCAUCAGUCUCCGACUCGAUAAGUAUGUCAUCAUUAUCACCAAAGCGCAGCCGGCAGGCCGUCUCAAGGGUCACAUGGUCUACCGGAUUGUCUCGACCGACCUUCUCCCUUUGCGUGAGCGCCAGAUUCGCGAUGCCGAGGAGGAUAGGUUCCUCACCCUACUUAGGGCGUUCAUAAAAGACAGCCCCAUGUACUUUUCGUACUCUGUCGACCUUACCAACAGCUUCCAGCGCCAGUCCCAGCACGGCAACAAUACCCCGCUAUGGAUGCGCGCCGAUGACCGCUUCUUCUGGAACAGGUUCGUGCAGACGGAUUUGAUCAACUUCCGCUAUACCGGCUCGCGCGCCAACCCGGGCGCCCAAAAGGAUGUCGACCCUUUCAUCCUGCCCGUCAUGUUCGGCAUGCUCGAGAUCCACAAGACACACUUCAAAAACACCCCCAUUACCCUGGCUCUGAUCACCAGGCGCUCUCGCUUCCGUGCGGGCACGAGGUAUCUGAACCGGGGUCUUGAUGCAGAAGGUCAUGCCGCCAACUACAACGAAACAGAACAGGUACUGGUCAUGAACGACAGUGGCGAUGGCAUGGGCGGCUUUGCGGGCAGCUCGGACAUGCAAAGUGGAAAGAUUGGCGGUGCCAAGGAGAUGCAAAUCUUUUCAUAUGUUCAAACGCGAGGCAGCAUUCCGGCUUUCUGGGCCGAGGUCAAUGCCCUCAAGUACACGCCUAAGCUUCAGGUAAAGAGCAUUGAAUCUGCGUUGCCUGCCGCUGCUGCUCAUUUCAGAGAGCAGGUUCAAAUCUAUGGCGACAACUAUCUUGUCAACUUGGUGAACCAGAAGGGUCGCGAAAAAGCUGCGAAAGAGGCUUACGAGGAGGUGGUUCAGAGGCUAUCUGCAUCUUCGACAAAGGAGCGUACGGUCGCCGAUCAACGGACGGACGAGAAAUUUCACACAAUCGAGCCGACCAACGCGCAGAACAUAUUUGACCGGCUGCAUUAUAUCUACUUCGACUUUCAUGCAGAGACAAAGGGCAACAAGCUCCACCGCGCUCAACUUCUCCUAGAUCAGUUAAAGGAUGUCCUGGAGGCCCAGGGUUACUUCUGUGCAACGGAAUCCGCGGCCUCGGCUCUUGACGGCAAGAUGGAAGUACGGACCUACCAGACUUCGGUUGUCCGGUCCAACUGCAUGGACUGUUUGGACAGGACAAAUGUUGUACAGUCGAUUCUCGGCCGUCACAAGCUCGACCGGAUGUUCAUCAGCUUGGGACUCAUGGCCGAAGGCAGGACAUUCAAGGAUGAAGACCCUAAGUUCGAGUUCCUCUUCCGCAACCUCUGGGCUGACAACGCCGAUAUGGUGUCCAAAAGCUACGCCGGGACGGGCGCUAUGAAGACGGACAUGACACGGAUGGGUAUUCGUACCAAGGCCGGUGCGCUGCAGGACGGCAACAUUGCCAUUACGCGGUACUUCAGGAACAACUUCCUUGAUGGGCCGCGCCAAGACAGUUUCGACAUCUUCCUGGGUGCCUACCAGCCUGCCGCAGCGGCAAACAUUGGCUCAGGGCUAAUCUUUGCCGACCGGAGGCCACUACUCAUCCAGGCUAUUCCAUAUAUAAUGGGCUUCAGCAGCUUCCUCGUCUUCGUUGCUCUGUUCACAAAGAGGAUGCCCGAUGCGGCGGUCAUGCCGCUGCGCUUGUUUACCUUGUUCUUCUUUGCCGUGGCUGCCUGGUGCGGAUAUUUUAUCAUCAACAACGGCAUAUUAUACGUCAACUGGCCCAAGCUGAACCCCCGUCCAUGGGCUCAGGAGGGUUACCAGGAGACCAUUAGCAAGGUUAGGCGGGACAAGAUCAUCGGGCCCUUUGUGGCGAAGCACGAAAGGGGCCUCAGCACAGCAAGGUAUAUUAGCGCUGAGGAGGGGAAGAAGAGAGUCGAGUAG